AGCAAGAUCGGACCUCACGACAUUCAGGGUCAGCAGUGAUCAUCUGUGUCCGUCCCCAAUAAUAAAAGCACGGGGCGGCUGCUUCACGUGUUGACGUAUCCCUGGGCAUCACCAGGACUCGCAGAUUACAAUCUCACCUCAUGAAGAAAGAAGAAUUCAGUAGAAGUCCACAUAAUUUUUAAUACCACAGUAUUUGACAUUUGUAUUGUUGGUUAACAAUGCCGUUAACACCCAUAUUGAGGAAGGCAUCGAUUAUGUCACCAGUGACUAACAAGAAGGUGCUCUUCUGCAUGCGGGAAACGGCGCGCUCCCUUAUUUUCAAGUUCCAAGACACACGAGAUCCUUCAGUUUUUGCUAGUACUUUUGAGAUUUUGGCAACAUCUGCUUCUGAGGAUGAGAAGAUAUCAUGGUUGUCUCAAAUGACAGAAUGUGUGCCAUUAUUAGACCAGAAAGUUGAUAUGUUGGUUCUAGAAUUUUUGAAAAUUCCAUGGUAUAAACUUGAGAAGCCAUCCAUAGCUGCUGAUAGUUUUAUCAUCAAUCUUGUCACAGCCCACAAUUACUAUACCUACAGUGUUUUGAAACAGCUUUUCACCAUGAUAGCAGGUAUUGAUGAUGAAGAAAAUGAGACAACAGAAAUGCUGAAUGCAAGUCAGGAAUCAUAUUGCUGGAGACUUGUGGGAUCAAUUUGUGCCAUCCAUAAGCAAGUCCCUAUGAGCCGGGACCAUCUGUUGACAUUAGCAAGAAAGUGCAUGCCAUACUUCCGACGCCCCAUCCAUAACCACGUAGCUUACACCCAUAGUCUGCUACUGUUGGCCAGCUACCUGCCUCAUCUUAGAGUGGGUCUGCUGGAAGUUAUUAUUACCAACAUGAUAACUAUUGAUGUGCAUACUCCUCGUUCUGAGCUGAUGAAGGAGCUUGAGGAUGAUGAUAGUGAUGAGGAAGAAGUGUUUAAUAUGGAGGUUGAUGAUGGUGAUAAGAAGACUGAAGCAACAAGAAAUGAAAUUAAAGAAGAUCCUACCUGUAUGAGCCAUAGAGAUGGAAACACUCUGGAUGUACUGAUGGAUAUGAUGUUUCAUUAUAUUCAUGAUAUUUGCCACGGCAUCAGAAGAACUAUGCACCUAAAACAAAAUAUCAAUUCUGAAAAUACUGUUGAACACAGAAAAAAUAAAGAAAUGUGUCGCGCUAAAAGUGAACAUGUGUGUUCUCCAAAAAGCAUCAAAUAUGCUGAACAAGAAAAUCAGAGAACAGUUGGAUGUGAGUGUGGUGGAACAGAACAUGAUAUAGAAGCUCUGAAAAGCCUCUUUUCAGAUCUCAAGGAAGUGUUUUCUCGCAUAAUUCUAACCACACAUGCAUCGUCACAUACUCAGUUUCUUCUGUUUUACCUCUUUGCACUACGGCCUGGACUUGCCACUCACUUUCUAGAGUAUUUAAGAAUUAAGAAAUUUGAAAAUCCAAAUUGUUUUAGAGAUGAAAGGCGGAAUGCCAUGGCUUAUAUAGGAAGUUUGUUGGCACGUGGCAAGUUCAUUCCCUUUAGUCAUGUCCACUCCUGCUUGGAGGUCAUAUGUGGGUGGUGCUACCGUUAUCUCGACAAGCAGGAAACGGUACAAACCACAAAUUAUGAGGACAUGCAGCUCCACUCACCCUUCUACUUUGCUUGUCGGACAGUAUUCUAUGUAUUCACCUUCAGAUACAAGGAAUAUACUGAAAAUCCAAAAAAGCUUGCCUUGGCACAAAGCCUCAACCUGGAACGACUUGUGCUGAGUACACUCAAUCCCUUGAGGCUGUGCGCUCCCCCUAUUGUGAGUAAUUUUGCUGCAGUGACACGCCGCUUCCAAUUAGCUUAUUGUUAUACCAUCAUGGAAAAUAACAAACGAUUACAAAUUCCAUCAUCAUGCAUCAAUGAGAAGACUUUGGGCAGCACAUCCCUAGACAUGUUCUUCCCAUUUGAUCCUUAUCUACUAGUAAGAUCCAGAGAAUAUGUUACCAACCACUACCGAGAGUUUGAUGGGUUGCCAGAGGAAAUAGUGGAAGAAGAAGAUUCAGUUAAAGAAGAAGAAGUAUUAGAUAUGAUAGUUUCCCCAAAAUCGCUGGACUUUACAUACAGCCUCUCACCAGGUUACCAGAAAUGGUAGAACUAUAGUAAUGUGUGGACUCUGUAUUAUUUAUAUCUUGUUGCCCUUCAUCUACUUAUAUGUAGAUGAAAAUCUCUGUUAACAGCACUCUAGAAAUACUCUGUACAGUAUUAUUGGAUUCUUUGUGGUAAAGUGUGAAUUUACACCAUUUCUGCUAUAUUCUUCUCAUGACCU